AUGUAUGUGAUGCAGCAGAAACGUCGGGAUCUCAUGAUGCAAUUGGAGCAGCUUAUGACGCAAUUGAACGCUCCUGGUACAGUGACAACAUUCCCUUCAUCAUCGAUGUCGCAAAUCCCAGAUUCGUUAGCCGGCGUAGGAACGAAAGUCUCCACAGCAUUCCGUGCGGGUAGUUUACCGGCAACAACCACAAACUUACAGGGAGAUCUCUUGCAAGCUGCCGAUCAAAUCACGUCAAAUAUGGGCGAGUUUCUACGAGAAUUAGAUCAAGCCCAAGAUCAAGAAAAUACAGCCACUGUUCCCAAUGGACAUUACCGAGAACCACUGUGA